AUGGAAGGAGAGAAUCAAACAGCUCUGUCUGAAUUUAUAAUUUUGGGAUUCUCCGACCUAAAUGAACUGCAGUUUUUGCUAUUCACCAUCUUCUUUCUGACUUAUGUCUGUACUUUAGGAGGAAAUGUAUUCAUUAUCUUGGUGUCUGUGCUUGAUCCACAUCUACAUACACCCAUGUAUCAUUUUUUAGGGAAUUUGGCUUUUCUUGACAUCUGCUACACCACUACCAAUGUUCCCCAGAUGAUGGUCCAUCUGCUAUCAGAGAAGAAGAGCAUUUCCUAUGGCGGAUGUGUGGCUCAACUUUUUGCCUUCAUUUUCUUUGUAGGAUCAGAGUGUCUCCUCCUGGCAGCCAUGGCAUAUGAUCGCUACAUUGCAAUCUGUAAGCCCUUAAGGUAUUCGGUUAUUAUGAACAAGGUCCUGUAUAGCCGGUUAGCAGCCUCCUGCUGGACUGGUGGUUUCCUCAACUCAGUGGUGCACACAGUACUGACAAUCCGUCUGCCCUUCUGUGGCAACAACAAGAUUAAUUAUUUCUUCUGUGACAUCCCCCCUUUGCUGAUCUUGUCUUGCGGGGACACUUCUGUCAAUGAGUUGGCCCUAUUAUCCAUUGGGGUCUUCAUUGGUUGGACUCCCUUCUUGUGUAUUGCUUCCUACCUCUACAUUAUCUCUACCAUCUUGAAGAUCCGCUCCUCAGAGGGGAGGCAAAAGGCCUUUUCUACCUGUGCCUCUCACCUGGUCAUUGUCCUGCUCUAUUAUGGCAGUGCCAUCUUCACGUACGCGCGGCCCAUCUCAACAUACUCACUGGAAAAGGACAGACUAAUCUCAGUAUUGUAUAGCGUUGUCACCCCCAUGCUAAACCCUGUAAUUUACACAUUGAGGAAUAAGGAUAUUAAAGAGGCUGUGAAAGUUGUGGGAAGAAAGUGGCAGCCACCAAUACUCGCUUUUGAUAUAUAA